AUGUCUGGCAAGAUUGAUGCCUACAUUGACUGCGUAUCGCCAUACUCAUACUAUGCGACGCUUUAUCUACGAAGGAACCGUAAGGUUCUAGAGUCACAUGGGGUUGAGGUUGAAUUCCACCCGGUCUUUCUAGGCGGGAUCAAUGUUGGCUCAGGGAAUAAACCCCCCUGGUCACUCCCCGCCAAAGCAACGUAUUCCAAAUUCGACUCGGAGCGAGCAUGUAAAUACUUUGGAGUUCCGCAGAUCCAAACACCAGAGUUCUUCCCAAUCCUGUCAAUCCUGCCCCAACGAUGCAUGAUCUACAUAAAAAACCACUUCCCACGCGAGAAGUACGAAACAACCUUCCUGUCGCUGUGGGAGUGGAUGUACUACAAGGGUAUCGACAUCAGCAAGCCAGAAAACCUAACCGAGCUACUCCAGAGCAAUGGGUACUCUGAUUCGGAAGUCAGGGAGAUUCUGGCUGCGGCAUCAAGCCCGGAGAUCAAGCAGGCUUUGACGGCUAAUACGCAGAUUGCUCUUGAUAAGGGGGCUUAUGGCGCCCCGUGGUUUUGGGUGCGAAAUUCCGAAGGAAAAGGGGAGCCGUUUUUUGGUAGUGAUCGGUUUGCCUUCAUGUGGAUGUAUCUCGGGUUGCCGUUUCAGGAUAUUGCGAUUGCUGAGAAGUCGAGGCUUUAG